UGGGGUAACGCCUGUCUUCUUAGUACUUGAACUCUGCGGUAGUAGCCGGGGCGCGUUGGCUGGAUAAUGGCGGAGAGAGCGGGAUUGUUGUGUUGUGAACAAUAACAUUCACCAGAAGUGAUUGUGGAAGUUUUUUUUUUUUUUUUAAAUAAAUAUUUUGCAACGCCGUUGCAAACAACAACGGCUUGGUAACUUGGGCGAAGUGGAGUUUUGAGAAGACAGUGUUUUCUGCACCGACUUGUAAUUUAAGUAUGGAGGACUCGCUCGGAUUGGUCGGAAAGAGGGUAUUGCUUCUCUUGGGAGAUUCUGCCUCUGCAGCGGCCGCCGAACCGGACCAAGCAGUAUGGAACCGGGACUGGCUCCGUGGGACUGUCCGGGCAGCUAGAGGGGUCGGGGCAGCGGCUGCAGGGUGUGAGGCGAGCGGAGGAGAAGGGGCAGUACCCGGAGCGGCCGGGAUGACGGUGUUUGUGGAGUUUGACGACACUUGCAGGAAACGGCACUCCUGGGUCAAGGUUUAUGCGGAAAAAGUGCUGGCAUUCCUGGUGGAGGGAUCUAUAGUUUGGGCGCCCCGCAAAGAUCCAGUUGUGAUCCAAGGAACUGGGGUCCCUGCCAGUUGCUGGCCAGCUCUAGCUUUUCAACCCUUGGUUGACAAGAUUGGGCUGGGUCCACUUGUUCCUGUGGAGUUCUUUGUGGACCGAGCGUUGAGCUUCCUGCAAGACAGCAGCUCUCUACAGUGUUUUGAGUUGGAAGAGGAUAUCAGGAGCAAACUGUUGCAGGAGCAGGCAGUGCUACUGAAUACAGUCAACAGCUGGUUGAGUGAGCUUAAAUUACAGGAGAUCUUGAGGAGAGGCCCAUAUACAAUCCAAGGUCAGAAAGUGAAAGUGUACCAGCCUGAGUUUGAGGAGCAAUGGGCCUCAGGAAUGGUGUCCCAGCAUGACCCUGUGUCUCACAUGAUGGAGAUCACUGUUACAAAGGGUGAGGAGGCUCGGGUUGUGGAUCCAAGGGUGAUUCAUGUGGUGCUGGCAGAGGACCUGUUGGAUGAGGUAGAUUAUGAGGCUGUUGAGUGUGAAGGCAGUAAGAAAGGCAGGCGCAGGAAGGAAGGAGAUGGAAAAGGGCAGGGACGGAGGAGGCGGAACACCUCUGACAGCGAUAGCGAUGUGGCAGUGAAGAGACUAAAGGUUGGGGAGGCAGACAGCAGUGGCAGCGAGGGUGGUGAGAACAGCUUUGGAUCCUGGAAAGGGGGUGGCACUGGCACCAGCAUCACCAGUGGUUCAACUCUGAACCAGGGGUCCUCCAAUACAGCAGCUCAUGUUUCUUCCCAGGGGCAUCCCAACAUCCGCUUUGCCACCUACACGAAAGAGAACGGAAGGACAGUGGUGGUGCAGGACCGCCCCCUAGCAGUAGAGCCUGCCUCUGCUACGCCCCCCUCUCCCUUCUCGACCUCUUUCCCCUCUGUUAGUCAGAUACCUCCAGGGUCUGCGCUUGCGGCUGCUGUGAAGAAGGACAAGCCAGCAGCCACACCUGAGAAGGAGGGGACUGGUACUUCUCCAGUGACACUAGGGGGAUUCCCAUUGACGACAGGCCCCACCCCCACCUCUGUGCGCAUCUCUGAUGGGGGUGCUGCUGUGGGAAGUUUUAGUGGCCAGAAGACUGCUGGAUGGGGUGUUGGGCAGGCUGAGAGUGCCAAAAACCCACUGAUAGCAGCUGCUGGCUUCCGAAUGUCUCAGAGUCAGCCUCUCUCAGUGCCUACGUUUGGGGAAAGUCGGGCUCAGACCAACGGGGCACUAACCCAGGAGAACAAACAUUUUGGGUUCCAGUUCAGCAGCAGUACAGAUGAGUCCAGCAAAGAGAGUGAUUCCACAAAGAACAUAUUCUUCCAGUGCAUGGCGCAAAAUGUGCCCCGGAGUAACUACUUCACUGCUAUCUCUGAGAGCCUGGCUAAGGAGCCGCCCAGUUUGAAUUUAUUUAAAACAGCAGCACUUGAAAGCCCAAAAGGCAGUGUAUUUGGGGCAGCGCUGGGUAUGUCCCCUUCCAAAGAGCAGUCCAAAAUGGAUUCUAAACCCACAGGAAACGGAUCAUUGCUGGGGAAACCAUUCGGUCCAGAUGCAAUGCCUAAACUCACUCCAGCUUUUCCAGGCAGCAGCAUUGGCGGAGGUGGAAUGGGUCUGUUAACCAACACUAAACCUCCAGAGCCCCACGAAAACCUCUUCCUACAACCCCCUAAGCUGUCCCGUGAGGAACCAUCUAAUCCCUUCCUGGCAUUUGCCGAAAAGCUCGCCCAUAGUCCCUUUAGCGGCCUUCCUGCUGCUCAACCCUCUGCCGUCUCUCUGGCUCAGCCUGCGACCUCAGUGUUUGUGCGCCCACCAGCUACCUCUGAUUGGCCCAAGGCCUCUGCUGCAGCAGCAGAAGCUGCUACCAGUGCGCCCAGUGAAAGCCCAAUAAAUCUCUUCACCAUGGCUGAUCCUUCGAAGGCAUUAGCGUCUUCCCCAUUCUCUGCCUUUUCUUCAACCGCUGCCGCCACCACUACUACUACCAGCACCACUGCUUCUACUGCUGCCCCCAGGCCUGUUGGCUUAGGAAGUGUUCCUCAAACCAGUUCCCAAGAACCUGUCAUGUCCCAGACCAUGGAUAUGCCUAUCUUGUCAUCUAGCCCUACAGCGGAAGGACCUGGAGCCGGCUCAGACUCUGGCACUGGGCAGGAGAGUGUCAGCGAUAUGGACAAACCCCUUGUGGACCCAGGCAAACAGCAGCCUGGCAUCUCAUCAUUUACAAGUGGAACUACUGUUAUUUCAGAGCCCCAGUUGCUGUUUGAUCAGACUGUCCAAAAUUUUUCCCUGGAUGAGCGCAGCACAGCCUCCAGGCGCGACUCGGACUCCAGCACAAAUAGUGACCUCUCAGACCUGAGUGACACAGAAGAGCAACUACAAGCCAAAGCCAAGGAGCAAGGCCAGCUGCGACCGGACUUGGGGGCUGGCAUGAUGCUGGACAAGGGCAAAGGGAAAGGGGUGGGCAAGAGCCGACCUCGCAACAAACCCUUGAAAGUGGGUCAGUCUGUACUAAAGGACGUGACGAAGGUGCGGAAGUUGAAGCAGUCUGGCGAGUCGUUCCUGCAGGAUGGCUCCUGUAUCAACGUAGCGCCACACCUGCACAAGUGCCGGGAGUGCCGCCUGGAGCGGUACCGCAAGUUCCGUGAGCAGGAUAAUGAUGAAGACGAUUCCACUGUCGCCUGUCGCUUCUUCCACUUUCGCAGGCUGGCGUUCACACGGAAAGGGGUGCUGCGAGUGGAGGGCUUCUUGAACCCCCAGCAGAGUGACACACAGGCCAUGAGCCUGUGGGUCCCCUCCCCCACCAUCCCAGAGGGCCUUGACCUAGAGACCUCCAAGUACAUCCUGGCCAACGUGGGCGACCAGUUCUGCCAGCUCGUCAUGUCUGAGAAGGAGGCCAUGAUGAUGGUUGAGCCACACCAGAAAGUGGCGUGGAAGCGAGCUGUGCGUGGUAUCAGAGAGAUGUGUGACGUGUGCGAAACAACGUUAUUUAAUAUCCACUGGGUGUGUCGGAAGUGUGGCUUUGGGGUCUGUCUCGACUGUUACCGGCUGAGAAAGAGCCAGCCGCUUGAUGAAUCUGAAGAUAAUCUUGAAGAUGAGGUGUUCUCUUGGAUAAAGUGUGCGAAAGGGCAACCCCACGAACCACAGAACCUGAUGCCCACACAGAUCAUUCCUGGAGCAGCUCUCUAUAAUAUUGGAGAUAUGGUACAUGCAGCACGAGGGAAAUGGGGUAUCAAAGCUAAUUGUCCAUGUACUAGCAGACAAGCCAAGCCUUUGCAGAGACCAGUGGCACCCAAUGGGGUUUCCCAGCAAUCCAGCACAAAUUCAAGCAGCAACACAACUCCCAGCAGUGUUCCCGCAAACGGUGGCGGGACAACAAUUCCGGGAGAUGGGGAUGUGUCUGUCAAAGUGGAACCAAUGUUGGAUGAAGUUGGUAAGACAGGGGAAGGCAGCAGUGACGGCAGCACUAACGGUAACCGUACUACUUCAGGUUUGUCUAAUAUCAAGGACACCACAACUACACCUUGUGCCAAGGAGAGCAUGGCUUUGCCUAGUGUCAAGGAUAACACAACUACACCCAGCAUCAAGGACAGCCGGCAGAGCUCUGCAGAAAUGGCACCUUCCUCUGCACUGCACUGGCUUGCAGACCUGGCUACACAGAAAGCCAAAGAAGAGACGAAAGCAGAAUCUGGUUCACUUCGUUCAGUGCUGGGUAAAGAAUCGCGAUCACCUUUUGCACUGGAGUCUUUCAGUUCCCUAUCAAAGUCGUCUUCAACCCCAAAGCUCUUUAACAGCUUAUUACUAGGCUCUGGCAUGUCAAACACAAAGUCAGAGGGAUCUAGUCUCAGAGACCUCCUAAAUUCCGGGCAAGGAAAACUUCCUCAAGGUGGCCCAGACACUGGCAUCCCCUUCCCCUCUGUCUUCUCUACAUCCUCCACAGGAGACAAAGGCAAAGGCAACCUUCCAAACUUCUUAGACCACAUAAUUGCAUCCGUGGUUGAGACAAAGAAGACUGCUGAAGUGAGGAAGGCAGAGAGCUCGACUGAGACACAGAAGGAAGUGAAGAAAGAGAGCGUGAUGGGGCUCAGUGUGCUGGACCCCAACACUUCCCACUCCUGGCUCUGUGAUGGGAGGCUCCUCUGCCUCCAGGACCCCAGCAACAGCAACAACUGGAAGAUAUUCCGCGAGUGCUGGAAACAGGGCCAGCCUGUGCUGGUUUCAGCAGUGCACAGUAAGUUACAGGGCGGACUCUGGAAACCAGAAGCUUUCAGCAUGGAGUUUGGAGACCAGGAUGUGGACCUGGUGAACUGUCGGAACUGCGCCAUCAUCUCUGACGUCAAGGUCCGAGACUUUUGGGACGGCUUUGAGGUCAUCUCCAAACGUUUGCGGGGAGAAGAUGGACAGCCUAUGGUAUUGAAGCUUAAAGACUGGCCUCCAGGAGAGGACUUUAGAGAUAUGAUGCCAACGAGAUUCCAUGAUCUAAUGGACAACCUCCCCCUUCCUGAGUACACUAAGCGCGAUGGAAGAUUAAAUCUUGCUUCCCGUUUGCCCAACUACUUUGUGCGGCCUGACCUCGGACCAAAAAUGUAUAAUGCUUAUGGGUUGAUAUCAACGGAGGACCGUAAGGUUGGAACCACAAACCUUCAUCUGGAUGUUUCUGAUGCUGUGAAUGUCAUGGUAUACGUGGGAAUCCCACAGGAAGAGGGAAAUCAGGAGGAGGAAGCCGAUAUCACUGGAUGUAAAGAGGUUUUGAAGACAAUAGAAGAAGGGGAUGUGGACGAUAUGACAAAACGUCGAAUCUAUGAAGCUAAGGAGAAGCCUGGUGCCCUUUGGCACAUCUACGCAGCCAAAGAUGCUGAGAAAAUUCGUGAGCUUCUCCGAAAGGUUGGGGAGGAGCAGGGUCAGGAGAAUCCCCCUGAUCAUGACCCAAUUCACGACCAGAGUUGGUACUUGGAUCAGGUCCUCCGCAAGCGGCUUUAUGAAGAGUAUGGAGUGAUGGGCUGGGCGAUUGUUCAGUUCCUGGGGGACUCUGUGUUCAUACCUGCUGGAGCCCCCCAUCAGGUGCACAAUCUGUACAGCUGUAUUAAAGUAGCAGAGGACUUCGUCUCUCCAGAACAUGUGAAACAUUGCUUCAGACUAACACAAGAGUUCAGGCACCUUUCUAACACGCACUCAAACCAUGAGGACAAGUUACAGGUGAAGAAUAUUAUAUACCACGCAGUGAAAGAUGCAGUCGGAACACUGAAAGCUCAUGAGGCAAAAGUGACCCGGUCAUAGCAACAAAUGACUGUGGUUCAAAUGGACUGUUCACAAGCAUGUACAAGAUGUGACUGACACAGCUGAAAGAAAGCGCAGUCUUCAUAGCAAAACUGGGCUGCUCACAGGAAAACUAAAAAAAAUGCGCUUGUUACAGUAUUAGCAAGAACAUGAAAUGCAAAACAAAAACAGUGUUCUGAUGCCUCUGGUUUUGUUUCGCACUGAACUUUUUAGAGGGGAGAGGAUAGGUUGUUGAAAAGUGUAAGAUGCAGAAUCCCUUUUCAUUUAUUGUUUUAGCUGGAAACAUCUGUUCAAACCCUUUUGUACAUGUGUGGAAUUCAGUUGUAGAUUUGAAAUCCUACGGUUUUGCUUUCUGGUCUGCUAGUUGUGUUUGAAAGAGAUAUGUCCUUCGGUGGAGUUGCGAGGGCAUUUUCAGCUUCAAUUGCAACCUAGGUUUUAAAGAGAAACAAUUCACAUGGGUUAUUUAACUGCUGAUCACCAGUCAUCACCAUGUAGUAAGGAGAAAAAAAAAAUCAUUUUCAAGUACUAUUUAAGUUUUGCCCAGUCAUGUGAAUGUUUACAAUAAACCAACUGUUAAAAGAAAGAGACCAAAGUUUUAUGUAUUUUAAAAAAGGAGCCUUUCAACAUCUAGACCUUUUUAAGUACAGAAUUGUUGUUUUGUUUUCUUUUGAAGUUUUCUACCCUUGAAUUGGGCAGAAAGAGAAACUGCAUCUUUUAGCUAAUUCAGUGUGUGUCACAGUAGAAAUUCCCAAAUUUUGGAUUUAGAAACAAUCCCACAGAUUAUCGAAGCAUUAGGAUGAACUGCAGAUUAUUCAUAUAUUAAAAGCAUAUUUUAGUUGGCAGUAGAACAAUAUUUAGUUCCCAAAAUGUAACACUUUCAUUUGUUUUUAAUGUUCUAUUUUAUUACUUUAUUCAAUUGCCACACAUUUGAUUUUGAUACCUAGACAUGAUUUUCACAUUGGUUUCAGUCUUCCUGUUAGUGGGUUAAAAAAACAAAACAAAAACAAACCUGAAAUGAAGGAGUUUCCUCAAUUGUUUUUAAACAAAUUAAUAAUAAAAAGACUUUUCCUGACCUGCACAUCUGUUUUGUGUUCUGGUUCUCCAGUGUUAAUCAGACCUGUGCUCUCAAUAAACCCAUUUCUUACAAGGCAUACGUUGCUAGUGUUUGCUCUGGUAACGUUCAACUUUUGGUGCUAACUUGUAAAUUCUUCAUUUAAUUAACCCCCUCUCCCCACCCAUGUGACCCUACAUAUUUCAAGAGUACAGUUUAAAAACAUACAGUAUGUAGAGUUCUACAGCAUUUGGUUUAUUUUUUUAGCAGAAUUAAAAAAAAAAAAAAAA